AAACAGCCGUUAGCGUUUGAAAUUGUGACGUUUCCCACGCGCGACCGCUGAUGUAAACUGCAGCGCUGAGGAAUGACGCAUGUGCAACGACGUCGGUUGCCAGUUCGCUGACAUGGCGUCGGCGAGCAGGCCGGCUGUAGUGGUGUUGUUACUUCGAUUUUGCGCCGUUACCUUCACGUUGCUGGGUAGGGUUGAUGGCCUGGUGGAAGGCUUGUAUUGCGGUGCCGUCUCCUGCUACGACGUCCUCGGAGUGUCAAGAGAUGCUGGCAAAAGCGAGAUCGCCCGCGCUUACCGCCAGUUGGCCCGGCGCUUCCACCCGGAUCGGUACAGACCCACGGAGGCCGGGGAGAACCCCGAGGAGAAGUUCCUACUGGUUGCCACCGCCUAUGAAACACUGAAGGAUGAUGAAGCCCGGAAGGAUUACGAUUACAUGCUUGAUCAUCCUGAUGAAUUUUACAGGCAUUACUACCAUUACUACAAGAGAAGGCUAGCACCCAAAGUGGAUGUCAGAAUAGUUAUAAUUGUGACAGUUUGUGCUAUAUCACUUUUUCAGUACUACAGCUGGUGGAGCAGUUAUAGUGAGGCCAUUCAUUAUCUCACUACUGUGCCAAAGUAUAGAAUCCAGGCCACAGAAAUUGCAAAGCAGCAAGGCCUUCUUAACAAAACUAAAGAAAAAGGGAAAAACAGACGCUCUAAGGAAGAAAUCAAAGAGGAGGAGGAGGAAAUCAUUAAAAGCAUUAUCAAAAAUAACAUUGAUAUUAAAGGUGGCUAUCAGAAACCACAGCUAUAUGAUAUACUCCUCUUCCAAAUUGUUUUAGCUCCUUAUUACAUCUGUAGGUAUAUAAUGUGGUAUUGCAGGUGGAUUUACCGUUUUCACAUAAAACAGGAAGAAUAUGGAGAAGAAGAAAAAUUGUAUAUUAUUAGAAAAAACAUGAAAAUGUCACAAGGCCAAUUUGAUAGUUUAGAAGAUCAUCAGAAAGAGAUGUUCCUUGAGAGGAAGCUGUGGUUACGAGAAAACUUUGAGGUUUAUAAGCUGGAACAAGAGGAAGAACUCAAAAAGAAAGUAGCAUCAGAUCCACGAUGGAAACGGUAUCGGCGGUGGUUGAGAAAUGAGGGGCCAGGGAGGCUAACAUUCAUCGAUGACUAAAUACCUCUGCCUUACACAAGUGUUUACAGAAAAUGGCUUUUUAUAUUUAAAAAAAACUAUUUUGAUAAUGAAAUAUAAAUAUCAUUGAUCUAAUAACUCAGGAUUUAGUUUAAACAGCAUACAGCAUUCAGUUUAAUUACAGCCCUGUUACUAUUUAGAUUCACCCCACAAAAAGUGCAUUCCCAAAUAUUAGUGGAAAUGUGUACUGAUAUAGAAUCUGGCUGUGUUAUUUCUGUUAUUCAAAUUAUAAUUUUUGACUGGAAGGACUAAAGUGGACAAGUUUUGGUUGCUUAUUCAUUUUAUACAAAUAUAUAGGUGAGAUGGAAAUUGCAUUGCCAAGGAUUAGUUCACUGUAGAUUUUUUUUUAUUAUAAAUUAAAUGUCAUAGAAAUAAAAAUCUAAAUGUGAGAUAUUUAAUGGUUAUUUAGUUUCUAGGUGGAAGUUGAAAUAAUAGCUGUUUAAGAUCAAAUGGUGCCUGCAAGUUACAGAUAUAUAAACUAGAAAAAUCAUCGGCUGCUCAAAUGCAUGCAACAAGUUUGUGAACAGAAGUAGAUUAUAGUUUAUCUUUUUUUACUUGCACCCACUUUGUACACUAUUUAUGAAUAUAUGCAAGUAAUUCUACCAUUAUAAGUUCCUAAGACAUCUUUUAGAUUUAUUUCACAAUUGUCAAUUGAGCUGACAACUAGGGGUUGAUGUGUUUUUCUUUGGGCAUCUUGGUUCUCUUAACAUUUCCUCCAUAGGAAGGACUUGAUGAUGGUUUUGUGAUAAGUUAUUGAAAAGCUACUGCUGGUACCAAAACAGAAUCGUAGAAUUCCUACAGUGUGGAAAGAAGCCAUUUGGCUCAUCUAGUUUUCACUGACCUUCCAAAAAGCAUCCCACCCAGUCCCCAUAACCCUGUAUUUCCCAU